CAACACACAACUCUACAAGUCACACUGGGUGAAGAUGUUGCGUCUAGGAAGUGGAGCAUUGCAGGCAGUGACAAUGCGGUGGGCGGCAGCGGCGACAGCAGGCGUGCUUCCGGCGUGGACGGGCGUCCGCUGUGAGUCGGGCGUGGCGCUGGAGGAGGCGCUGGAGAAGGAGCUGAGCGAGAGCGGGUCGCUUGAUGAGCAUGCGACGCAGCGGGAGUUUGAGGAUGCUGGCUUUGAGCUUUACAUCCACGAGCCGCUCGGUGGUGACGAUGAUGAUGUGCUCGGGAGCACGGUGUACGAACUGCGCAAGGCGCUAGAGACCGGCGAAGAGCUCUCGAUCGAGUUUGCGCUCGCUGACGAUGAAGAGGCGGCUGCUGGCGGCGAUGGCGAGCACGUGGACGUCAUCGGAGCGGCGAUGACUGCAGCCGAGGGCGGUGCGCCGCAAGGCGAGGUCCUGAGCCAGAUGAUGGGCGAGGAUCCAGGUGAGGACCUAGUGAGCAACUUUAAGGUCCAGUUGUCCAAGCCCAACGGCGGCGUGCUUGUUGCCGAGUGUGUGGUGGAGAAGGGCGACUACGCGGUGGAGAAGCUCAAGGUCGGCCAGCAGGGUGACCGCAAGCUUCGGGUCCACGAGUUCUCGCAGGAGGAGAUGAGCGUGAGCGUCGGUCACGAGGCCGACAUCGAGGACGGGGUGCUUGACUACCUCGAGGCCCGCGGCGUCGACGAGGCGCUUGUCGGGCGAAUCAACGCAUUCCUCGAGGAGCAGGUCCACCGCGACUACAUGGCGUGGCUCCGUGACAUGCGCGCGUACCUCGGGUGAGUCACGCUACGCGAGUGAGCGGCUCGCCCGGCGUUAAAACGUCGAUGCCACCCGCAGGCCGGACGAGACCGGCGGCGGGGCGGCCGACUCGAGCGCCGAGUAGUCAGAGAUCAUGGCCUCGACGGUCUCGAGCGCCUGGGUAAACGCCUCUUGCUCGA